AUGGCACAAACCCGCACGAUGGAGUCGCGAACUGGGCGAACAAACCAGCGUUAUGCUCCGAAUGGCGACAGACUCGUCGCCGGUGUCGUGCCCAUUUCCCCGGAUAAGUCAAAGGUUCUCUUGAUACAGUCCGCGCGUCCUGGCGGAUGGGUUCUCCCCAAAGGUGGGUGGGAACUGGACGAGCCGUCUGCUCAGCACGCCGCAUGUCGUGAGGCGUGGGAGGAGGCCGGAGUGGUCUGUACCGUCCUGCGGGAUCUCGGUGUGAUUGCAGACAUGCGCACGCCAGCCCAGAUUACUGCAAAGGCCCCUAAGGUCCAAUACCAGUUUUUCGAAGUCCGCGUUGACCGCGAAGAGGCUCAAUGGCCGGAGAUGCACAAGCGCAAACGGCAAUGGGUCACAUAUGCACAGGCAGCUGCGGCUCUUACAGGCAGGCCUGAACUCUUGGAGGCCUUAAAUCGGAGUUCUGUGAAGCGAUAG